GAAGCUGAACGUUGGUGGCGCUUGGGGAAUACGAGGUGAGCCGUUGGGGGAGAAUGGUCGAUCAACAUUGGGAAGCUGAGACCCAAUUUCAAUUUCAAAUCAAAGUUCGCUUAUUUAAUCAUUCCCACUCAUGCACUAUCACCAUGUUAUGUUUUUGAGAGAUAUAGCUUCAGUGCUAUAGAAAGUUCUGAUCUUUCACGAUAUUCCUCUUCCAUUACAGGGUUCAUAACAAGUUAAUAUGCGGGAUAGCAAGAAGAAGUUAGGAAAUGGAGAAUCUAAAAAAUCCGGUUACUCGAAGGCACGCACAAAGUUCCAAGGGAAGAAGCAUAAAUCGGAAUCAAAAUCUCACACACACAGUGUUGGCACUAACAUAUCAAGGAAAAGAGCUACUGACUGUACCCUCAAGGGGCCACGCAAGGAUUCUUCUAAUAAGAAAUCUAGAACUGGACAAAAUUUUCAACAAACUGACAGAAAAUCCUCACAGAAGCCAUUGUCAAAGCUACAAGGCAAAAAAGUUUCUCUUAGUUCUAGGAAAGAAGGGAAAGUUGUUGAUGGGGAGGUAAAGCUUCAAAAGAGAAAGAGAAAGAAGAAAAGACAAAGGAAUAACGUGGAUCUUGAUGAUGCUUCACGCCUGCAGAGGAGAACAAGGUACCUUUUAAUCAAAAUGAAGCUAGAGCAGAACCUAAUUGAUGCUUACUCUGGAGAGGGUUGGAAAGGUCAGAGUCGCGAAAAGAUUAGGCCAGAGAAGGAGCUACAAAGAGCGCGAAAGCAGAUUUUAAAAUAUAAACUGAGUAUUCGGGAUGCUAUUCGCCAGUUGGAUUCUCUUAGUUCGCUGAGUAGCAUUCCUGUGAUUGCUCCAGAUGGGUCUGUUAACCAUGAACAUGUAUUCUGUGCAAAGUGCAAGUUGCGUGAAUCUCUUCCAGAUAAUGAUAUAAUACUCUGUCAUGGUACAUGCAACUGUGCUUUUCAUCAAGAAUGUCUUGAUCCUCCUUUAGACACUGAAAAUAUUCCUCAUGGAGACCACGGCUGGUUUUGUAAAUUUUGUGAGUGUAAGAUGGAAAUACUGGAGGCAAUGAAUGCCCAUCUUGGAACUCACUUUUCCUUGCACAGUACUUGGCAGGAUGUAUUCAAAGAAGAGGCUGCUAUACCUGAUGGUGAUACUGGAUUACUGAAUCCUGAAGAAGAAUGGCCAUCAGAUGAUUCUGAAGAUGAUGAUUAUAAUCCAGAGAGGGGAGAAGACAGCCACAAUAUCAACACAAAAGGAACUGAUGAUAAUGCAUCUGAUGAUUUAAGCAGUUCUACCAGUCUGUGUUCUUCCGAUGGUGAAUGUUCUCCAGUAUAUGAAGGUGUCAACCAUGAAUAUUGUUCUGUCAAUAGCAGCAUAGAUUCUGAUGAAUCUGAGGAAAAAGCAUGUGGCCGCAGGCAGCGAAAAGCCGUUGACUACAAGAAACUUUAUGAUGAAAUGUUUGGGAAGGAUGCUCCUGCAUAUGAACAGAUGAGUGAAGAUGAGGACUGGGGUCCUGGCAAAAGUAAGCGAAGAGAAAAGGAGUCUGAUGCUGUGAAUACUCUUAUGACUUUGCAUGAAAGUAAAAAUAAAUAUCCCAAUAAGGAGCACAGCGACAGGACAAGAAAGGAUUCUUCGGGCAUAAAUAUCAAAAGGUCUUGUCAUAGGAUUCCACGUGAUGCAGUUGAGAAGCUUCGCCAAGUUUUUGCUGAGAAUGAACUUCCUCCAAGAUCUAUGAAGGAGGAUCUUUCAAAAGAGUUGGGACUUGAUAUUGAGAAGGUCAGCAAAUGGUUCAAAAAUGCACGUUACAUAGCACUUAAAACCAGAAAGUUGCAUGCAGAAGGAGAAGACCAGCUUCAGAGUAUUAUCACUUCUAGGAAGAACUCUACAUUACAAAAUCCGGAGAAAGCUAAUAUUUUGAAAUCAAAUACCUCAAAAAUUACUACGACCCAUUCCCAGAAGAAUGUUAGAAAUGUCACUGGUAGAAAGAAAAGAAAGUCACCUAGCAGUCCUUUCAAGGAAAGACAACCAGAAAUACCUCCACCUCAUCCAAUAGAAAAUGGAAACAAGGACUUUAUGGAGAUGAGUGAUGAUGUGAGCUUGAAGAAGUUGUUGAAAGAAAGAAAGAGGAGGGUAAAUUUUACAUUUGAAGGAAACUCUCAAGCGGCAGAGUUGGAAUUUGAAAGACUUAGCAAAUUGAAGAUUAAACUAGAUAGCAUGAAACAGAAAUUAACUGGAAUUCAAAAUUACAGAGUAAAGGGUUUAGAUAUACCCCAUUCGAAUGAACCAUCUAUUAUUUAUGUACCCACAGCUGUAUUAAAGGAAAAGGUUUGAUUAUAACUCUUUUUUUAGGAAACAUUUG